CGCGCCGAGACCGCAGUCUUCUGGCUUCCCCUCCUCACACACCCAGCCCAUGCAUGUAGAGUAAACAAUCAGGUGAUUAUGCACGCCUGCAUGGCGGAGUAGAUCGGCAGAUUGGACAUCCCUGCAUGAAAGAGUAGGUACUUCGGAGGUAAGAUUACAUUUGACCCACUCCCCAACUGGGUAAGGAGGGCAUCCGAUCAUUCCGCAUCUCAACAUGGGGACUUGUGCAAGCACAGGCAAGAAGGAAUUCGGUACAGAUUACACCGGAUACAAACUUUCCUCUCUGCUUAGUCAACUCCAGCCCCAUUAUGACGUCAUCGUGAUCGGAUCCGGAUAUGGUGGGUCUAUUGCAGCUAGCCGUUGCGCCCGAGCGGGCAAGACUGUGUGCGUCUUGGAAAGGGGCAAAGAAUGGUGGCCAGGGGACUUUCCCGAAACACUGGUGGAAGCAGCGAAAAAUACGCAGAUUACUCAGAAAGAUAGUGGGAUAUUAGAAACUGGUAAACCGACUGAUCUGUACGACAUCAUCAUGGGACCAGAAGUGACCGUCGUUCAGGGAUGUGGCCUUGGUGGGACAUCACUCAUCAACGCCAAUGUCGGCCUGGAUGCCGACCCUGAAGUGUUCGAAGACAAGGCCUGGCCGCAAAACCUACGCGAUGACGUCCUCAACCUAAACGGCGCCGAUCGAGAUCACGUGGUAUCGAUGCUUCGACCAAUGAAAUACCCUGAUAGCCACCCGUCACUCCCAAAGGAAGCAGCUAUGAAGAAGAUCGCGGAGGGGCUGCUCACUGACAUCGAAGACUUGGCAACCAAAGAAAUUUACAAGAAGCUACCGCUCUAUGUGAAUUUCAAGAAGACGAAGAAAAACCACAUCGGGUUGCCGCAACCUGCUUGCGUCGGUUGCGGCAACUGUUGCAGCGGUUGUAACACUGGUGCCAAGAACACACUCAACAUGAACUACCUACCCGACGCAAAGGCCCAUGGCGCUUACAUGUUUACAGAGGUUCAAGUAAAGUCGAUCAGAAGAGACGAGUCAUCUGGAAGAUGGCUUGUGUACUAUGUGCCUCUUGGUCAAGAUGACUUCAACGAAGAGGAACGUACAGUAUCCGCAGAGACAGUCAUCCUUGGAGCAGGAUCUCUUGGUUCUACCAACAUUCUGCUCCAGUCAGCCUUCUAUGGUUUAUCCCUCUCACCCAGACUUGGUGAAGGUUUCACCACAAACGGGGACGCCCUCAACUUCAGCUACAACGGCACCGAUAAGAUCCGCCCGGUCGGAAUAGCCUUAGAAGACAUGGCAAAGAAGCCGAAGAAAGGGCCUGGACCUUGCAUCACGGGAUUCUUGGACAUGCGUAGACAUCUGAAUGGCAUGCCUCUCGAGGAUGGCUUCGUUCUGGAGGACGGCACACCUCCGUCUCUUCUGGAAUUACCCUACAAGGUGCUCAUGAAGACCUCGAUAGGGGAAGACAUGUCACCUUGUGAGAAUGAACUCACAGAGUUCCUUCAUUCCAUUACCGGUACUGCUUUCAAGAACACUCUGGCGUUUCUUUCUAUGAGCCACGACUCGAGCACAGGCCGGAUGCGCCAUGACCCAGCCAAUGGCCGGGUCUGGAUAGACUUCCCAAAUAUAGGCGAGGAGCGAAAUUUCCAGAAGAUCUAUGAUGCAGCAAGAUCGGCAACAAAAGUUCUCAAAGGAGAGGUCAUAGCGAAUCCUACUUGGGGUGGUGUUAUUCCGAAGCUCAAAGGCACCAGAGGUGUUGUGACCGUACACCCUCUUGGCGGAUGCUGCAUGGCGGAAUCCGGAAAACAAGGUGUGGUUGACCAUUCUGGACACGUCUUUAAAGGAGAUUCAGCUGAAACCUAUCCCGGUCUUCUCGUCGUAGAUGGCGCUGUCAUGCCCCGUAGUCUCGGUGUUAAUCCCACACUGACAAUCAGUAUGGUUGCAGAGAGAUGCAUGCGUCUCCUUGCUGAGAGUAAUGGCUGGACAAUCAACUACGAAUUCGGUAAACCUCUAGAGAAGAAACCGAAGAGCGAGUGUAAACCUGGAUUGAAAUUCACUGAACGCAUGGUCGGCGACCUGACCGUCGAUGGUUUCCCGUAUCCUGCCGAAUUCACUCUGACUAUUGAGAGUCACGACAUCGAGCACAUGCUCGAAGUGGAUCCCGAACACAAGGCAGCUAUCCACGGCACAGUCACUUGUAAGGCAUUACACGAUAAACCCUUGACAGUCUCGAACGGAGUGUUCCACUUGUUCCGGAACAGCGAUGAACAUGUCGAGACCAAGGAAAUGACAUAUGACAUGAAUUUGCAUGGCGGGGACAAGUUCUAUGUCUUCAAAGGUGUCAAGACCGUGCACAAGGACUCUGCGGUGGAAAUAGGUAUGAGCGAUACGACGACACUUACGAUCAAGGUCUCGGAAGGACCCAAACCAGGCCUGAAGGAGAUCGGUGAGGGAAAACUUGAAAUGAAGUUCUCGGAUUUCAUGAAGCAAUUGUCCACGUUGGAGGUGACCUGUUGCUGCUCGAAGAGGUUGAGGAUGAAAUGGAAAGCGAAGUUCGGAAGUUUCUUCACAGGCAUUUUAGUGGAUUCCUAUGGCGUGUUUGAUCCUUACGGUUUGAGCUCUCCAUUUAGUCCCGAUUCCGAGCCACGGAAGCGAAGGCCAUUGAAUUUGAACGGGAUUACUCCCCAAGUAUAUCAUUUCCUGGCUACCGAUGGCACGCCACUCGUAUUCACUAGAUACAAAGGUGGGGAUAAAGGACCUAUUCUGUUAUUACACGGACUUGGCGUCACACAUCGCAUCUUUGCUCUAGACACAGUAGAAGUCAGUCUCGUCGAGUUCUUGGUAAAGCAUGGCUUUGAUGUCUGGGGCCUUGAGAUACGCUUCUCAAUAGCCCUUCAGGCUCACAAGAAGGGGAGCUUCAUCAGUGAUCCUGCAGAUAAAGACAUUCCCCCAGCGGUAGACUUUAUGUUGAAGGUUACUGGGGCACCCAAUAUUCAAGUCUUUGCUCACUGCGCUGGAUCGGCUACAAUGCAUGCCUCUCUUCUUGGUGGACACCUGACUGGGAAAAUCCGCAGCAUGGUUGUUUCCCAAGUCGGCUUCCGUUUUAUUGUCAGCAGAUUCAAUAAGCUCAAGGCGAACGCACGCCUUCCGAAGUUUCUCCAAUGCAUCGGAGUGAAGGGCAUGAGCGCUUACUCUGACAUAGAGGAUGCCUGGCAUCGGAAGUUCAUGAACCGAGUCUUUGAUGGCAUCUCAAAUAUCACGUCUGAGAGUCGAGAGCAAUGUGAUAGUGACGUGUGCCAUCGGAUAACCUUCAUUUACAGUCUCCUCUGGAUUCAUCAGAAUAUGAACCCAUCAACGCACGACACUCUGCACGAAUGGAAUGGCUACGUCCACUCUGAUAUCUUCAAGCACUUUGCUCACUGCACCCGCCAAGGUUUCCUCGACAGAAUAGAAGACGAUGCAGAGCCGUACCUUCCAGACUUCCAUUGUCCAGAAAGGCUGAACUCCGAAGCAUACCGGAAGCAGAUGAAGCAUUUGGACAUUCCCAUCUUGUACUUCAGCGGACAGGACAACCAUUGUUGGGAUCCAGAGACCACGAAGCAGAGCUAUGAACGGUGCAAGGAAGCAAACCCAGACCAGGACUAUGAGUGGUUCAUGGUCCCUGACUAUGGACACCUCGACUGCAUCGUCGGAAAAGAUGCAUCUGAUGAUGUCUUUCCAAGAUUCUUACCAUUCCUUGAGAAGUAUGCAAAGCCGUUAGAGAAAUCUUGAAAUCUCUCUCCGAACGUUCCUUGUUAUGAUUGUUGACUGGCCUAGCAUAAAUUAUUUGUGAUUUCACACAUUUUUAUGCAAUAUACAUUGCUGUCUUUGUUGUUGACGUCGGUUGUCGUUGUUGUCAUUGCGAAGAGUGUUGUGAACCUCCAGUAAAAAGUCGGCACUGAUUGUUCAUUUUAUUUUCCUUGGAAACUCACAACUCAUCCGAUAUUGUUGGACGAAUAACGUGAUGAGACAUUUUUUCUCAUAAAAGGAUGAAAAGCAGAUGUAAUAUUAUGUGCCUGUGUAUUUAUAUUGUGGUAAAAAGUGUGUGUACCAUGUAAAAAUACAGGAGCGAAUGUACAGGUUCACUAUGUUCAUCUUAUGUUUCGAACUUGUUUUAAUCCCUGCAUAAACA